GUUUUGAAACUGAAUGUGGUUUGGAGUUUCCCGCUGCUGAUCCAGCACGAGUACCUUUUUGGACAGAACUAUAGUGAAUACAUCUUGAUAAGUAACAAUGGAUAGAGCUUAUGAGAUGGAUGAUAGGGUUUUAUUAGCAAAAGGAGCUCAGGACAUUGCUAAGGAGGCUAAAAAACAGGCAGUAAAGAAAGCAAACCGAGCAGCAGAUAGAGCUCAAGAUGGCUACACUGAAAGAUCUUACAGUAGAUUCCAGACUAAAGAAGAAAAUGAUUAUUAUAAUCAAGAUGGAAAUUAUGAAGGAGAAGGAAAUGAGGACGAAGGAUCAAGUGACGCAACUGAAGGACAUGAUGAAGAUGAUGAGAUUUAUGAGGGAGAGUAUCAAGGAAUCCCAAGUACAGCCCAGAACAAAGACGGAACUGCAGCUUUAGGACAGCAAAUCACAGAUGUUUACAAGGAUCGAAGUGAAUUGGAGACAGAGCGAAAAGCUGAUGAAGAAGAGCUAGCACAGCAAUAUGAGUUAAUCAUUCAAGAAUGUGGGCAUGGACGUUUUCAGUGGGCCCUCUUUUUUGUCCUUGGGAUGGCACUAAUGGCAGACGGAGUAGAGGUUUUUGUGGUUGGAUUUGUAUUGCCCAGUGCUGAGACAGAUUUGUGCAUCCCCAACUCUGGAUCAGGGUGGCUUGGUAGCAUAGUAUACCUUGGGAUGAUGGUGGGAGCGUUCUUCUGGGGAGGCUUGGCAGACAAGGUGGGAAGGAGACAGUCUCUUCUGAUAUGUAUGUCGGUCAAUGGAUUCUUUGCUUUCCUUUCAUCAUUUGUCCAGGGCUAUGGCUUCUUUCUCUUCUGUCGAUUACUCUCUGGAUUUGGGAUUGGAGGCGCUGUUCCAGUUGUAUUUUCAUAUUUUGCUGAAGUACUUGCUCGAGAGAAACGUGGAGAACAUUUAAGUUGGCUUUGCAUGUUUUGGAUGAUUGGCGGUAUCUACGCAUCUGCCAUGGCCUGGGCAAUCAUUCCUCAUUAUGGAUGGAGUUUCAGCAUGGGAUCUGCAUAUCAGUUCCACAGUUGGCGAGUAUUUGUUAUAAUGUGCGCCCUGCCUUGUGUUUCUGCUGUGGUGGCACUUACUUUCAUGCCAGAAAGUCCAAGGUUCUUGCUUGAGGUUGGAAAACACGAUGAAGCUUGGAUGAUUCUCAAACAAAUUCAUGAUACAAAUAUGCGAGCUCGUGGCCAACCUGAAAAAGUUUUCACAGUUAACAGGAUCAAAACGCCAAAACAAAUAGAUGAACUUAUAGAAAUAGAAAGUGACACAGGCACCUGGUACAGGAGAUGCUAUGUCAGAGUGCGCACAGAACUGGAUAGUAUCUGGUUAACAUUUAAGAGGUGUUUCACGUAUCCAGUCAAGGACAAUACAAUUAAGCUUGCAAUAGUUUGGUUUACUCUUUCUUUUGGGUACUAUGGAUUGUCUGUCUGGUUUCCAGAUGUCAUUAGGCAUCUACAAGCAGAUGAAUAUGCCAGUAGAGCGAAGAAUUUUAGCAAUAAGAGGAUCGUGGACUUUGAUUUUAACUUUACUCUGGAAAAUCAGAUCCAUUUAAAUGGGACAUUCAUCAAUGACAG